AUGCCGGAUCGAUCAGAAGUCGCCUAUUAUGGCGCCGGACCAGCUCCUUUGCCGACACCAGUCAUUGAAGCCAGUGCCAGAGCAUUCGUCAACUUUGAAAACACUGGCCUCUCCCUGGCUGAAAUCUCACAUCGCUCCCCGACAGCAAAUAAAGUCCUGGCCGACGCCAAGGAAGCACUGACCUCGCUCUAUGACAUUCCUACAGAUGAAUAUGAUAUCUUCUUCAUGCAAGCUGGAGGCACCGGAGAGUUCAGUGCUGCCCUGCAAAAUCUGGUCGGUGCUUGGAUUGAGAAGCGCCGAAGAAGAGCGGUGGCCGAGCUCGGCGAAGGUAAAGACGCAGAGGUAGUGGAACGCGUGAAGAAGGAGAUUGAAUCUGACCUCAAGGUGGAUUAUCUGGUCACAGGGUCUUGGUCCCUCAAAGCGAGCCAAGAAGCCUCCAGGUUGAUUGGGUCCAAGUUCGUCAAUGUGGCUGUCGAUGCGAGGAAGAGCAACAAUGGCAAAUUUGGGGUCAUCCCUCCAGAGCAGGAAUGGAAAUUGUCACCCCAUAGUGCUCUGACCUAUUUCUGUGACAAUGAAACAGUGGACGGUGUCGAGUUCCCAGAAUUUCCCGAGUCAUUGGGCGGUGACGAUGAAAGAAUUGUGGUCGCCGACAUGUCGAGCAAUUUCGUCAGUCGCAAAAUUGAUGUCCGCAAGUUUGGCGUCAUCUUCGGUGGUGCUCAGAAGAACCUGGGGAUCGCUGGUAUCACUGUGGUGAUUAUCCGCAAAUCCCUGCUCACCCUUGUCCCUCCACCAACAUUCCUACAUCAACUCUCCUCAGUUCUACCAACUUCCGGAGCACUUCCACCAAUCAUGUUCUCAUUCUCAACCAUCGCUUCCAACAACAGUCUCUACAACACGCUGCCUAUCUUCAAUCUCUACGUCGCUACACUAGUCCUCCAGAGCCUUGCCUCCACAUUCGGCUCGCAAAGAGUGUCUGGACAGGAGGAGAUAGCAGACAAGAAGGCCAAACUUCUUUAUGACACCCUGGACGAAUACCCAGACACCUACCAUGUCGUCCCUGACAAGAGCGUCCGAAGCCGAAUGAACAUCUGCUUCCGCAUCAUUUCCGGCAAAUCUGACACCGGAGUCUCGCCCGAUGAAGCAAAGGAGAAAUCCUUUUUGUCGGGUGCAGAGAAACGAGGCCUGUUGGGUCUCAAAGGCCAUCGCUCCGUCGGAGGCAUCCGAGCAAGCAACUACAAUGCCGUUCCAUUGGAAAAUGCACAGAAACUGGCUCAAUGGUUGACAGAGUUUGCCAAGUCGUGA